UGGUGCUGCAGCUGCAGCUACUGCUGGCUCUGGCAAUGGUGGGCAAUUGCAGUGGGCUGGUCUUACUACUAGGGUGGGUUGCUGCGUUGUGGUGGGGUUGUGUGGCAGUCAAGGCAUCCCAGGACUCCAGAGACCACCGAGAAGCCGGGGCUCCCCUGGAGACCUGGGCCCCCCAGACCCCAGAGGCUAGGCUGCUCCAGGAACCUGGGUCCUCUCACCCGAAGGUGCUGGGCUUCCGCCUGGAGGAGGGAGCCUUGGCUACUGGUGGCCUCAUCCAGGCUAACCCAGGGGCCACCUUUCGCCUGCGCCUGUAUGGUACUGGCCUCAGCAACCACAGCUGGCCCUGGGUGGCCUUUGUACCCCUGGGAAGCUCCUGUGUGAUUCCUGAAGGGGCUUCUUCCUCUACGCCCUCCCCUUCUGGCGCCCCAGACCUGCUUUUGCAUGAUAUUUUGCCUGUUGGAGAAUAUGCAGUGCUGGUGACAGUGAAGGUGCCUUCUGGGAGCUCCCAGGGCCAGUAUCAUCUUUGCACCUUGGCAGGGCCUGGGCACCAGUGGGCUCCAGCUGCCCCUGGUGAUGCUAUCUUGGUGACAGAAGAUGAAGGUGGGGGUGGGAGAGUUGCACCUGUGACCUUGCCCCCUCCGUUGGCACCCUGGCUUCUGGGCACCCUUGUGGCUCUACUGCUGGCUUUCUUGGCCUUGCUCCGUGUUUUGCAGCUCAGCACUUUGUGGCUGGAUCCAGUGGAACUGUACGUGUUGCGGGACUGUGGCUCGGAAUCUGAGCGAGAGGCUUCUAAAGUACUGGAGACCGUUCGACAACGUGGGACAUUUGUCCUUUGCUCUCUGCUAAUUCUGAGUUCCUUGGCCAAUGCUGCCUUGGCAGUGCUUUUCUAUAGAGCCGUGGGGAUGCUGGUGCCUGCUAUCCUAGGUGUGGCAGGUUUGGUCUUUCUCUUAGCUGAGGUGCUGCCUUUCACCAUUAGUUCACGGUGGGGACUUUUGUUGGCCCCCCGUGGGCUCUGGCUCACCCAGCUCUUCAUGCUGCUCACUUUCCCCAUCUCACUACCACUCAGCAAGGUGCUGGAACUUGCUUUGCACCAUGACACCAGCACGUGCCUCCUACGGGAGAAGAUCUUGGACAUGGUGCGCAACAGUGAUCCCUACAAUGAAUUUGUGCGGGAGGAGUUCAGCAAGGGUGCCCUGCGCAACAAGACAGUUGAGGAUGUGCUGACGCCGCUGGACGAGUGUUUCAUGCUCAAUGCCUCUGCUGUGCUGGACUUCAACAACAUGUCCAUGAUCAUGCAGAGCGGCUACACCCGCAUCCCAGUCUAUGAAGAUGAGCGCACCAACCUGGUGGACAUGCUUUAUGUCAAGGACUUGGCCAUGGUAGAUCCUGAUGACUGCACCCCUCUCAGCACCAUCAUCAAGUUCUACAACCACCCCCUUCACUUUGUCUUCAAUGACACUAAGCUGGAUGCUGUGCUGGAGGAGUUCAAGCGAGGUAAAUCUCACAUGGCCAUUGUUCAGAAGGUGAACAACGAAGGUGAAGGAGACCCCUUCUACGAAGUCAUGGGCUUGGUGACAUUGGAAGAUGUCAUUGAAGAGAUCAUAAAAUCAGAGAUCAUGGAUGAGUCAGAUGACUACAGGGAGAACAAAAUGAAGAAGAAGCCUCCUCCUCUUGGGACCUUGGUGGAUCGCAGGAAAGAAGAUUUCUCCUUGUUCAAAGUGUCCGACAACGAGUACAAGGUGAAAAUCUCACCCCAACUGUUGCUGGCUACACAGCGCUUCUUAUCUAGAGAGGUGGACCUCUUCAGUCCAGCCCGAAUCUCUGAGAAGGUCCUCUUGCAUCUGCUGAAACAUCCAAGUGUCAACCAAGAGGUGAAAUUUGAUGACUGCAACCGCCUGGCCCCUGAGCACUAUCUGUACCAACGCAACCAACCGGUCAAUUAUUUCAUCCUUAUCCUGCAGGGCAGGGUUGAAGUGGAGAUUGGAAAGGAGGGACUAAAGUUUGAAAAUGGAGCCUUCACGUAUUAUGGUGUCUCUGCACUGACGGCUCCAUCCUCAGUUCACCAGUCCCCAGUGUCUACCCUCAGGAUGAACCGUCGUGAUCAGCAGCUGGAUGCUGGGGAGAACAGUAACUACUCCACGUACUGUCCUGACUACACGGUCAGAGCUCUCACAGAUCUGCAGUUCAUCAAGGUCACUCGGCUGCAGUAUCUCAAUGCCCUCAUGGCCUCCCGGAUACAAAAUUCACCCCAGUCGCCUGAUGCUAUUGAACUGAAAAUUGUCCCCAGCAGCCAGACAAAGCUUCUGAACGACAGAAAUGCUGCAGCAGGAUCUGAUGCCAGGGAGGAAUCAUGUUCUCUCCUUUUGAGAGAUUUCUCAGUGACAGCCUCUUUCCCAUGCUCCAUACAAGAAAAAGCAGAAGCAAGCUAAACCUCCUGGAUGAGGAGAGCCUGAGCCGGAGCACUGGGGUCUGACCUGCUGGAGGCGAUUGCAAGGGACUGGAGCUUGGGUGGACCUUCUGGCACACACCCGUAUUUCCGAUGAACUUUUGUUUGGUGCUUGCAUCCCAGACGAUGAGGAAACUGGACGUCUCUGACAGCCAAGUGGGCUGCAAGCCCCUUUGGGUUGCUUCCAGUGGUUUGCCCUGGCCAUGCACUGGAGGUUUUUUUCCUUUUUCAACAGGACUUAACUGAAGAGGGUGGUUCAGCCCGGCAGGGACUCCACCAGCAGCAGAAAGCAGCCAGCCUAUGCCUGUGGACUCAACUGCUUCUUCAGGAGCUUGCACAAGUGGGGGCCAGCUGUGGGUCCCUAGCAGGAAUGCCAGUAUUGGUGCCCCUUCCUGUGCAAUGAAUCCCCCUUGGACUUCUUCCCACGACCUCACACGUUUUUCCUGUUUGUCUCACACAACAGCAAGUUGCACUGGCAACCCAGAGGAGGGGUGGGGGUCAGCUUUGGAGCCUCUCCACAUCCUUGGCUCUGCAGCUGCCAGCUGGGAGGCAGCCAGUGCUGCACUGGGCCCUCAUUAGGUGCAGCCAGUGAAAACCACAAGGCUGCCCUAUGUCUUCUGCUACAACACACAGUACAUGGAGCUGGCAUCCAGCUGCUCUGCCACGUUGGCAUCAUCUGUGGUAGGCUGUUGCCUCUAGGGACCUGAUCCUGCCCAUGUUCCUGGGCCAUUUAUGUCAGCUGCAUUUCUGGCCUUCUGUGUGGCAGGGCACAAAGGCCCUUCAACCGGCUGUAAAUCACCAGCAUCUGCCCAUCCUUGUUGAGUGCCAGAGACGGCACCACUGCAUCCUGCCCCCCACCCCCAAGCUUUGUCCAAAUUGUGCCAAAGUCCCUAAUUCCUGGAGCCACACUGCAGUCCUGAACUUCAGCUUCCCAACUACGUCUCUUGCUCUGUUCUCAGGACCCCAGGGGUUUUCUGUGCCAACUGAGGGACUGCUGUGUUUCUGCAAAGCAGCCCCUGCUGCACUCCUUUUUCUUUCUUUCUCAGUUGAUAUCUGAAGCCCUUUAACACAACCUAGGCUAGAAAUGCACAUUGCUUCAGUGAUGACAGCAAAGGCAAAACAGCCCCCAAGGCUCUAACUGCCUCACAAUGGACUUUUAAAAUAAAAUUUUAGGGUGCAACCCAUCCCUCCCCCACAAGCCCUCUCCUGCCUUCUCAUGUAAACCAUUGGGAGAGGCUGCUGUCCUGAUCUAGGCAUCACGCACACUAACCCUCUUGUCUCAUCUCUUGCUUGCCAAAGCAUGAAUAAUUCUACAGCAUUUUGUGGACAUUUGCUCAAGAAGGCCCACCAGGGAAGACUUAACUGGGUACUGUAUCUCCUGCAGCCGCUCCUGAUUCUUUCUUGCUUCUGUGCUUAGAACUUCAAACCAUUCUCCACCUCAACCAACAGGUCCAGGCCCAAGAGGCAUUAUUAGAUGGCCUGGUUUGAUUGUGCAUGGGUAGGCCUCCACUCCAGCAUUGGCAGAGAGACUGUUUUUUUUCCUAGUUGCUACUAACAGUAUUUUUCCCAGAGUUCCUAUUUUUAAAAGGAAAAUAACAAGAGGAGCGAGAGAGGGAGAAGAGUCUUCUCCCUCAGUCUUCUUGUCUCCCUCUUCCACAAUGACAGCUGAACUUGACUAAAAGCAAUGUACAAUUUCAGGUAAAUUAUUGGGUACCUGCCUCUAUGUUGUAGUUUUUCCAUAAGGACUGUACCAUCAAAUGGAAUAGUCUUAACCUUUAAAUGUGUCUAUUUAAAAGUCAUUGGUCUGCAGGGCAGUAAAGGUUCCAUUGACACUAUAAAAUUUUUUCCCCCACUUUGAAAAGUUAGUUUGGUGCCGCAGUUAAGUGGGCUCCUGGAAGAGGAAUUAAAACUUCUUGUCUUGCUCCUCAGGUUGCAUGUGACUCUUAGGAGGAGCACUGGGGUGUUUCUUAACUAAGCCGGUGAGUAUUAACAUGGCACUUUCCUUGCCUGUGGUGUGGGGAGCACAACCGGGCUCCAGUCAAGUGUCCUCAUUCUGCCGAGUCACACGGCCUUUGGUUGGGAGGAUUCAAGCCAUUCCUUGACGGUUUCCACAUGGAUGUGUUGCUGUGCUUUUGGCUUCAUUACAGCAGCGCUGUUUUUGAGAGAGUCCACAUGACUUUAUCCCCUAUUUGUUUGGUUUCCAUGUCCCCCCCCCCCCCUUUGACACAGUCUUCUCCAAGACCUCGUUUGGUACAACCUUUUUAGAAAGAACGCUGUCAAAGCACCUUUGAACGCAUUGGGGAUAGGAAGUUGGGCAUUUAGCCGUGUCAGCACCAUUCUCCUUACCUCAGACCACCAUGGCUGCCAUUUCCACUCCACAUGGGCUUUAUUUCAACUUAAAAAAAAAAAAACUACAACAGUAAUUAACAGAUCACUAUAGCACAAUAAUGUUAUAACGUUCUGUUACUAUAACCCCUUACAACUCCACAACAAAAAGGGCUAGAAACUUUUAAAAUGAAGACUGGGAACUAGUAGAUUGUGGCAACAGUUGUAAUGCUAGAGCAAUCUGUUACUGAUUUUUAGAAAGCCCUCUGUUGGCUGAGGGGGAAUGGCAUCUUCCAUGUGGAUGCUUCAAUGCUACUACAAACGUCUCUGUAUUCACAGCUACAUGGAGAAUUGCCUGUGUGUGGAAGCAGUCCUUGAGUACCCUGUGUAAUUAUGCUUCAAGGCCUGGUUUCCUCAGGCAAGCGUCCCACUUGAUUCCUCUGCACUGGAUGACUGGCAGCUGAUUGUGUAAAUGGCUUCUCUGGAAAGCAUUGUGUUUGAUGUAAAAGUCCACUCUGUGGUGUUUUAGUUGUGGUGGCCUAAUCAGAUGUGCAAGUCAUCCCAUGAGGUUACAAAGGGUAGACAAGCCUUCUUUCCUUCUGUCUGGGUGACCAUAUCAACCCACUUUCUCACUUAGCAUAGCUAACUCCACUGACUUUCUGGGAAAACUCUCUGGAAAAACUCUGCAAAUGAGAUUCCAGGGAGUCAGGCUUCACUUGAACAUGUGUAUAAAAUUUCUGUCUCCUUUUUUUAGGCCUAAGUGGGUUAGAUGAGAAAGGUGAUUUCAGAAGUAGCACUUUGCUAAGACAAAUUGCACAUGCUUUCAAAAUAAUAAUUUUAUUAUUAACCAAAGAGGAAAUACAUCACAAAAACUCAGUAUUGGCAAAAAGCUAGCUUUUUCUGCAGUCCACAACGACCUCCAUUCAGGCCCUCAGCUACCCAACAUUGUCCGGCAU